UGGAUCUUGAAAUAGCUAUAUGACGAAUGUAGCUUUUUGCACUCGUCUUACAUAUCAUAUCAGGUGUAUUACAGAAUAUACACCGGCCGAAGUGAGGGUCCACGAGCACUCCAAAAGGGUUCCUACUUUCAACUUUGUACCUUGAAACAAAUAUGGCCUCUAACAACUACGAAUGCAGUAUUUGCGACAUUAUUGGUUCAAAGGAAAAGUUAACAGAGCAUUUCAUCCGAACCCACGUGAGCAUUGACAAGGUUCCCUGGAUAUGCUCACUUUGCGGUUUCAAGGCUGUGUCGCGUCUUCAGUGUAGCAAUCAUGUAGGUCAUUUUCGUCAUAAAAAGGCAUUAGAGCGAAACCCUGGAGGAAAACUGAGUACAGAAGAUCCCAAUCCCUCGUAUGAAGUACAAGUUGGACGAGAUAUUUUCCUUUAUCGUGAGGAUGAACCUGUCUAUCGUCACGGCGUGGACAAGGUCAUCGAUUACAAUCAUAGAUCAGUCGGUAUGGUUGUCGGUAAUAGAUCCAAAGAAGGAGGAGGGAGCACAAUUGAAAGAAGAAAGACAGUGGAGGACAGAGAAGGAAAGGGCGGAGAAAGAAAAGGGAAAUUGGACAGCAGAGAAGAAAACGGCGGAGAAGGAAGAGAGAAAUUGGAAGACAGAGAAGGAAAAGGUGGAGGAAGAAAAAGGAAAUCGGAGGAAAGAGAAGGAAGCACAAUCGAAAGAAGAAAUAUAUCGGGGAAUGGAGAACAGAAUGGCGAAAAAAGGAGACAAAAACACAGAACAUCAGAACCAGACAAACUACAGAAAAAGCCUAAACUGACGUCAUCACGGGGCAAGGACUCAAACACUUUGACCAAACUAGACCGACCAGUCAGUGACACGCAUCAAAAUUUGCGACGGGAAAAUGGACACGUUGUAACCAACGAUUCUGGCGCAAAAGAGAAAACAAAAACGAAGAACAAUCUCGAAGAGGAUCAUGGGAUCGGAAUUACCAAGAUCCACAACGAGGCUCAGAAGGCGACGACAGAAGAACCAGCCAUGUCAUUUAGCAGCGAACAAGGAUAUAACCUCGCAAGUGAACCUGAAGAAUCAGCAGAGGUCAAGGCCGAACCUGACACUGACACUGAGGGUCAGACAUCACGAAGUGGUAUUGAAGGGGAAUCGGAAGUCAGGGCUCCGUGGGAAGAGGGCGCUCUGGUCGAGAAGAUAACUGAGCUUACCCAGAGUCUCGAACCACUAAAGAACAUCUCAAAGGCCCUCAUCGCUCUGGACCACCACAUAAGACGCCUUUGCCUCUAG